CCCCGCCCCCCACGUGGCCGCAGCCGUCCCAGCCCCCGCGAGGAAGCUGCGCGGCUUCCUGCGGCUUGGGACCUGGAUAUAGGAGCCCCCGCCCGGGCCCGGCUCAGCGCCGCCGCUCCUCCUCGCCUGCUCGCCGUGCGAUGGCCUCGCUCCGGGCGGAGCGCGCUGUCGGCAGCCCGUGGCUCCCCGCCACCCGCGCCGGGCGACCGGCUGCGCUCCGCCUCCUCCUCCUGCUGGGCGCUGUCCUGAAGCCCCAGGAGUCCUUGGCUCAGCUUCUUCCCACCCCAGACGGCUCCAAGUCGGAUGGGAAAACGGUGUUGGAGACCUAUGGGACAAAUGUCCAACGAUGCUGGCACGAUUAUGAGGUUCAGAUGGACUCUAUCAAGAAGGACUGGUGUGACUGGGCCCUGAUUAGCAGGCCUUAUAGCUUCCUUCGAGACUGCUUGGAAAAGGGUGCGGAAGAGUUUGGCCUGGGCUUCCCCAAUCCCUGGGCGGAAGAGAUCAUCUUUGAGACUCACCACAUCCACUUUGCCAACUGCUCCCUGGUGCAACCCACCUUCUCAGACCCCCCAGAAGAUGUGCUCCUAGCCAUGAUCAUAGCCCCCAUCUGCCUCAUCCCCUUCCUCGUCACCCUCGUGGUGUGGAGGAGUAAAGACAGUGAAGCGCAGACCUAGGGUGGCAUGAGCUGCUUGGCAGCCAUCUUACUCCUUUCCUCUGCCACCACCUGCUCUCUCCCCUCCCCUCCCUACUUCCUUCUCUGGCUCCCACCCCAACUGGAGAUUCUUCGAUUGGUGGAAAUGGAAGCUGGGUGGGGUCAUCGUGCAAGUUCUGUAAUCUUCAAAAUAAACCUUUCCUUUUUUUUUGUA